AUGCGAGACGAAAUCCCUCCUCAAUUCCCAGAUGGGCCACCCACCCUGGAUCUCACCAAAAGGCGAUCGCCAGUCCUUACUCUGACCGAGCGAGCGCACCUGGAGCGCCUCCUAGCCCACAAAAUCCGCAGCAUCCCACCAGGCCACCUCCCCAACCUUUCGCUGGACGAUAUCAUAGACCGCACCGAGAAAAUAAACCUGGCUAACGUGCCGCAAGACAUCGGUCUCGCGUUCUUGCUGCGCUACCGUGAGGCACUGGACAGCGUUGUACUAGCAAAGCAAGACUGGGAAGACAACAGCGAAGGCAACUACGGCGAUGCAAACGAGCAAACCGGGACCACGAGCCUCAACCUUGUCCGAGCAACCUGGUUCUACCGCCUUGAUCCCGUGCGCCAGUUUCAGCGCUACCACGACACCGCCCGCUGGAACAUCGCCCUCUACACCGCGCUCCUCACGCACCACGCCCUCGCCUCAAUUCCCACCAACAGCGACACAUCGCGUUCCCCGGCACACAGACGACGCGUCGAAGCCGGCGCCCCGCGCGUCGAUCUAUCGCCUGCAGCUGUGCGCUUCAUAACGGCGUAUCUCGCUGCCGUGUUCGAGCACCACACCUCCUCUUCCUCCUCCCAGUCCUCCUCCUCUUCAUCAAGGGAAGCCUUCAUUCGCCUCCACGCCUCCUCGCCCCUUGACCUCUUCACCCCGCACAGAUCGUGGGCGAAGAAGACGCUGCAGCGCGAGAUGAAGUGGCUAAGGGUGGCAUGGGAGGACGAGAUUUCGCGUGCAGGCGCACGGUUGUCGCGGGCGGCGUUUGAGGGCGGGAUUGGGCUGUUGGUGGGGAGUUUGGUGCCAGGGCCAGGAGGGGCAGGGGCAGGGGCAGGAGGAGGGUUAGGGCGGGAUGCAGAUGUGGAUGUAGGCGGGGGAGGGGAGAACGAGUUGCUUGAGGCGUUGAGGGUGCGGUAUGAUGGCGAGUCGCGCGGGGGAAAGAGGGGAGAGGAGGGGGUGAUGGUUUGUGAUCUGCGCAUGGCGGUUGCUUGUGUUCAAAGUGUGAGGCCGAGGGACAUGUUGCCAGUGUUGGUGCGGACAUUUCUGCCUAAGGACGGUGAGAGGUGA